AAAGAAGCGCGAGCCUUCCAUGCCUUUUAUGCCGCGCGCAUCUACACAGAAAUAUAUGUAUAAAUAAUAAACACAAUUUAUUAUGGCUAUGGUCCGAUUCACAGCGUUGAAAACAUCGCUCUAUCUUUGUUUGAUAUAUUCGAUGUGCAACGAAAGAUAGACAGUAGACAGAACGAUCCUUUUAUAACAGCUUGUCAGCGUUGUGAGUUGUGUGAGCGUGAUAGCGCGUGAAUCGGACCGCAGCCUAUAUGAUACAUCUCGACAGAAAUAUUAGUUCUUUACCAAUUUUUCUGCGCCUCAAUUCAAAUAAAAAUAUAUUGUUCGUUUGAAGCACACAAACACAAAUAUCAAUAUUCGCGCGCACGCGCGUACAUCGUCUUUAUAAUACAAUCGCAAAACUAACAAUAAACAAGAUCGUUGUUACCAUAACGACUACGAUAAAAGGGCUUUUCUGAAAAUACAUUAUUAUCCAGCUGUGCAUGCGAGUCGCGAGAAGAUUUAAAGCUAUAAGUGAGAUUUGAGAUAAAUAAGUGUAUAAAUCCGCGCAGUUCCCUGCGCGGCCGGCGGCGUCAAGUGGCCUCGAGGCCUCGAGUCUCGAGCAGUCUCGAGUGCCAGCGCUAACGAAUGCACGGCUAACACGUGCUCAACCAGCUCACGUGUUCGGCGCUCACAGCUCACACCGGCACGCGUCUGAUGACAGAUGACAGUGGUCAAGUGGUGACAGGUCUGGCUCUGGCUCUGGCCUCGCCGUGGCCGCUGGCCGCUGCGCGCUAACCGGAAGAAAGAAUCAAGGAACAAGAGGGAAAUUCGUUUAAUUUGCAUACAUGUCCAUUUGUAUUUGGCUUAUCCGUCGCGAGGUCGAGAGAACAACGUGACGCGCGUCUUCUCAUCUCGGCUGCUUACACGUAGAUGUAAGACGAACGAAUAAACAACUCGUCGAUACACAGGCACAGGUUAUCUGUCACUGUUGUCGCGGAAGAGGUAACUUUUCUCGUUGCGACCGAGCGACGACGACGACGACGGACGACGAUAUCCACUCGUUGUAAGCUUGCAAGAGAUAUGAUUGCAAGAAAAAGGAAGAAUAUACGCGCGGAGUCCGCGGAGAAGGCCGGCCGGGCGGGAGGGGCCGAUAAGAGAAAUCGACGUGGGCGUGCUACGUGGAAUCGUGAAAGUGAAGGUAGCAAAGGUAUGCUGCCGCUGCCGCUGCCACUGCCACUGCCACUGCCACUGCCACUGUCACUGCCACUACUACCUGCGGCUGAGGCCGAUCGAACCGGAUGAAUACCUGUUGCCUGUUGCCUGUUGCUCCUUCCUUUCUUCCUUUCCUCCCUCGCCCGUUCGCUCGCUCGCUCGCGUUGGCGUUCGCGUUCGCGUCUCUUGACGUGACGUGACGUGGGCAGCCGUAUCGAGAGAUUUACCGAGAGCAACGCGCGACGAUAAACACGACGCGCGAUAAGGGGAUAUAUAUAUCGCGUUGGCAAGUGUCAAACGCUGCGUGUUAACAAGCGGGUUGACAUGGAGCGCCUGAGAGAGAAGCUGAGUGAAUACGACCAGGAACAUCUGCUCCGAUUUUGGGAGGAGCUGGUGGACGAGGAUAGGUACCAUCUGGCGAAUGAUAUAGAUGAGCUUGACCUGCAGGAAAUUACCGGAUAUUUCAAGAGGGCUGUGGAAUCCUCCCAGCGCAUCGGCCAGAGUACGCUGGAUGCCAAGUUACAGCCGAUCAAUGGGACCAAGCGUGCCUCUGCCAAGACGUCCACCGAGAAAGAGUUGGACAUGUACGAGGAACGUGGCUUGAAAGAAGUAGCUGAAGGUCGCGUCGCCGUCGUACUGUUGGCAGGUGGUCAAGGCACGCGUCUAGGAGUCACCUAUCCUAAGGGAAUGUACGACGUUGCGUUGCCGUCCCAUAAAACUCUUUUCCAACUGCAGGCAGAAAGAAUACUCUCUCUGCAAAAUAUGGCGCAGCAACGGUAUGGAAAACAUGGAGAAAUAACCUGGUAUAUCCUUACUAGCGAAGCCACUCAUGACGCCACUGUUGAAUAUCUAAGCAAACGCAACUAUUUUGGUUUAAAAGAUAAAAAUGUCAAAGCCUUCAAACAGGGUAUGCUACCGUGUUUCACCUUUGACGGAAAGAUUAUUUUGGACGCGAAGCAUCGUCUUUCCAAGGCUCCCGAUGGUAACGGAGGAUUGUAUCGCGCUUUGAAAAAUCAAGGAAUAUUGGACGAUAUGUUACAACGCGGUAUUCGGAGUAUUCACGCACAUUCCGUGGACAACAUCUUGGUGAAAGUAGCGGAUCCUAUAUUCAUAGGAUACUGCUUGCUGUCUGAGACCGACUGCGGAGUUAAAGUUAUCGACAAGUCUUCUCCCUCUGAAGCUGUUGGCGUAGUUUGCAAGGUGGAAAAUCACUAUCAAGUAGUUGAAUAUAGCGAAAUGACGAAAGAGACUGCGGAGCUUCGACAUGCCGAUGGACAACUGGUAUACAAUGCUGCUAAUAUAUGCAAUCACUACUUCACGAUCGAUUUUUUAAAAGAUGUCGGAUAUCUUUACGAGAAAGAUUUGCCUCUGCACGUGGCAAAAAAGAAAAUUCCAUACGUUAAUGACGAUGGAAUAAGAAUCAUUCCAAACGUUCCUAACGGCAUCAAGAUAGAGAAAUUUGUGUUUGACGUGUUUCCCUUCGCAAAGAAUUUCGCAGUAUGGCAGGGAACGCGUGAGGAGGAAUUUAGCCCGCUGAAAAAUUCAAGUUCCGCUGGUCAAGAUUGCCCGAGCACCGCCCGCACCGAUUUGCUCACGUUACAUAAAAAGUGGUUGCUGAAAGCAGGUGCGAGAGACGUCGGGGACAAUGUCGAGAUCUCUCCUUUGCUUUCGUACGCGGGAGAAAAUUUGUGUCAAAUCGUUAACGAUCGAUCUUUCAUGGAACCACAAGUUCUCGAGUAAGAAAAAUAUAAACUCUCCAUCAAUCUAUACUAUGUAGAUAACGAGAUGUCCCCCAGCAAGUGACUGUUACGUUUCUGAACCGCGCUUAUAAUAACUACUUAAUAACCAUAUUAUUUGUAUACUAUCCGGUUUUCGGUAUAUAUUAUAAUACUCGUGGUUACUUUUUUAACUCCACGGACUGGCUGAAACAAAUAAAAAGAAUGAAGAAAAGGGAAACAACAUGUAAACAAAGACUGUAUACAGUGUCGAUACGUAUGCAUAGAAUUUGGCUGUAUAAAUUCAAAUGUACGUCGGCUAUAAUCUGGCAAUAUUAUUAUUUAGUCCAUAAGUAUUGCGACUGUCACAUUUUUAUAUAUUAUUACUGUUAUAGUAUGUGGUAUAUCGUAUGAAAUAAAAGUAAUGAAUAUA